AGGGGGAUUUUCCAACCAACGAGUCAUCUCAUGGCUGUCUAGAUAUUCUUUCUAAAAAAACAAAUUUCGGAGUCCAAACCCUCCGAGGUAAAUGACGAUAAGCCGAAGUCUUGUCUUCCAUAAACAGCUGGAGAUAAAACCCUACACUCCACAACAGACGACGCAGGAUAAACCCCUCUUGCCCUCUUUGGGUUUUUAUUUCACUCACUUUGAUCGGUUGCCAAAACCCUUUUACUUCUGUUGUCUUAUGACUUUGUCAGUGAAUGGCUUCAGCUCUUUUCGCAAGGACUCGUGGGGCUCAUCGCCUUCUCAACUCUUCUGCACACUCUCCCUCUGCAAAGCCCCAAAUCCUCACUUCCCUGAUAAAUAAAGGAUCAGAUCUCUUACGAGCUGACUCUUCCUAUACAAAAUAUAGAGCAUCUGGUUUUGUACCUUGUUGUAUGGCUUCAACAAUAACUCGGGCAAGACCACAGUUUGCAUCUACAAAUGAGUCUACUAUUUCUGAUAACUGGCUCUAUUAUAAUCUCAGGGAGUCUAACCUUAAGGUAUUGGAUGCAUCUUGGUACAUGCCAGAUGAGCAAAGGAAUCCUAUUCAAGAGUAUCAGGUUGCUCAUAUUCCUGGUGCCCUAUUCUUUGACGUAGAUGGAAUAUCAGAUCGCACGUCAAAGUUACCACAUAUGCUACCAUCUGAGGAAGCCUUUGCUGCCGCUGUUUCUGCUCUUGGCAUUGAGAAUGAAAACGAUCUAGUUGUGUAUGAUGGGAAAGGGCUCUUCAGUGCAGCUCGUGUGUGGUGGAUGUUCCGAGUGUUUGGCCAUGAUAGGAUCUGGGUUUUAGAUGGAGGCUUGCCAAAAUGGCGUGCAUCUGAAUAUGACGUUGAAUCUAGUGCUUCUGGUGAUUCUAUUUUGAAAGCUAGUGCUGCCAGUGAGGCAAUAGAGAAAGUAUAUAAGGGACAGCCGGUUGGUCCAACCACAUUUCAGACUAAGUUUCAGCCACAUCUUGUCUGGAAUCUUGAGCAGGUUAGAAAAAAUGUUGAGGAAAGAACUCACCAACAUAUAGAUGCCCGAUCAAAGGCCAGGUUCGAUGGAACUGCAUUGGAGCCUAGGAAAGGUAUCAGAAGUGGUCAUGUACCUGGAAGCAAGUGCAUUCCUUUUCCUGAGUUUUUGGAUGAUUCAGAGACACUCUUACCUAAAGACGAGUUGAAAAAAAAAAUUGAUGAAGCAGGCUUCACAUUGGAUAGCCCUAUUGUUACUUCUUGCGGCACUGGUGUAACUGCUUGCAUUCUUGCAUUGGGUCUUCAUAAACUUGGUAAGCAUGAUGUGGCAGUUUAUGAUGGGUCUUGGACUGAGUGGGGAGCACAUGAUGACACACCCGUCGACACUAACACUUCUUCGUGAUACCUAUUUCUCGAAGCUUGUUGGUAUGAUGAACAUAAAUCAGUAGCCUAGUUGCGCUCUGAUUGACUGGUUUGGUAUUGGAUAGGACGAAAGAUACUGUAUCUCAGUUAAACAUCCUGUUAAGAGUAGUGUGUGUUUCAUUGUUAAAAUGCCCAACUCUGAUCCUCUUCUGUUUCAUCUGUAACGAUGAUUUUACGUGGCUCAGAGAUCAAUGCAGCAACAUGAAGAGGUUAAUGUUUAAGUUGUAAUGUUGAACAUGGAUAAAUAAGCAGGAUUAAAUUAUGACAUGACGUGAUGGUAAAGUUUUCGGUAGUUCACAGCAUCAACCUCUGCAGAUGAUUCCUUUGCGGUUGCUCGACUGUCCAUACUGAAUCUUCAUUAAUACAUGAAGGCUACUGUCACUUUUGCAA